AUGGAAGCUUCUAAUGUAGAAAUUACUUGGACUAAUUUCAAGAAUAAGUUUCUGGAUAAGUAUUUUCUAGAUGAUGUUUGCAGCCGCAUGGAAGUAGGGUUGUUGGAACUGAAGCAAGGGGAUAUGAAUGUGGCUGACUAUACAACUAAGUUUGAGGAGUUGUCAAGAUUUUGUCCUUGCUAUAAUGGUAUGGAAGCUGAAGGAUCUAAGUGUGUAAAUUUUGAGAGUUUCUUACAUAUAGAGAUCAAGUCGUUCAUUAGUUAUCAAGAUAUCUAUCAUUUCUUAGUGCAGGUGAACCAAUGCAGAAUUUAUGAUGAAGAUAGUGCAUCCAGAUCUGCUCACUACAAGAGUGUUAGUGAGAAGAAUAAUGGGAACCAAAAUCGUGGUAAGCCGUAUCUGACUUUAAAUGAUGGGGAAAACAGACGUAUCAGCAGAAGACCACAAGUGGGAAAGAAAUAA